AUCGCGCUACCUGCGCCCCAGUGGGCGGCUGCCCCGCACGCGUCACGUGCCCUGCCUGUCGCGUGUCUCCCUGGGGACGCCAACCGAUUGGCCCGAAUUUAGCGCCACAAACGUGCGGCCGGGCUGGGUGUCCCGGCCUGCAGUGGGCCUCUGGGACCGCCCCAUCCUGGGCGAGCAUGGAGAGCCACCGGGAGCGUGGCCCGGGCCCCGCGGAGAUUGGGGACAUGGAAGCGCGUGCCUGUAAAUGCAUAGAAGGAUGAGUUAGGAAGCCAGAAGCAACGAGACGUCCUGGACCAGACAAGGAUUGCACAACCUAUGGCUUGAAUUUUUUUCGCUUUCCAAAUUCUUACACAAUAGCGCAGCGGAGAAUGGAGUUGCAGGUCGGCGGUUCCGGGGCUCUCCACCCUGCGUCUAGUCCUCUGCCCACACACGCCUCCUUUCCUGGCUGGGAGGACCGUGACUGUGUGCGGGUCGAGAUGCUGGGUGCCCUAGACAGGAGAGGACUCCGGCGAGGCUUCCUGCCACACCUCUGGAUGAGGGUGUGUCACCAUGGAGACGGGGCCGCUGCCAUUGGCUGGCGCCUCCGGCCGGGGCUAUAAAGCCGGGCCCGGAGCACCGUGCUCUAACAGCGUCGGCCAGACUCGGGCGGUGUCGCCUGCGGAGCGGAAAGGGCUGGAUCUCUGCGCGGCCGUCGGUGACACCAUGGAGAACAACGAAUUCUCUUACGAAGAUUAUCAGAGCACCGCUGAGUGGCUUCGGUCUCACACUACGCAUCGACCUCAAGUGGCGGUGAUCUGUGGUUCUGGGUUAGGAGGUCUGACUGCUAAGUUAACUGAGGCCCAGGUCUUUGAGUACAGUGAGAUACCCAACUUUCCCAAAAGCACAGUGCCAGGUCACGCUGGCCGCCUGGUGUUUGGAUUCCUGAAUGGCCGAGCCUGUGUGAUGAUGCAGGGCAGGUUCCAUACCUACGAAGGCUACUCACUGUCUAAGGUGACAUUCCCAGUGAGGGUUUUCCAUCUUCUGGGCGUGGACACACUGGUAGUCACCAAUGCAGCUGGAGGCCUCAACCCCAGCUUUGAAGUUGGAGACAUCAUGUUGAUCCGGGAUCACAUAAACCUACCUGGUUUCUCUGGCCAAAACCCUCUCCGCGGCCCCAAUGAUGAAAGGUUUGGCGUCCGUUUCCCUGCCAUGUCUGAUGCUUAUGACCGGAAUAUGAGGCAGAAGGCUUUGAACGCCUGGAAACAAAUGGGGGAGCAGCGGGAAUUACAGGAAGGCACCUAUGUGAUGCUGGCAGGUCCCAACUUCGAGACUGUGGCGGAGAGCCGCUUGCUGAGGAUGCUGGGAGCAGAUGCUGUUGGCAUGAGCACGGUCCCAGAAGUCAUCGUCGCCCGGCAUUGUGGGCUUCGCGUCUUCGGUUUCUCACUCAUUACUAACAAGGUCGUCAUGGAUUAUGCAAACCUGGAGAAGGCCAAUCACAAGGAAGUCUUAGAGGCUGGGAAAGCAGCCGCACAGAAACUGGAGCAGUUCGUCUGGAUCCUCAUGGAGAGCAUUCCGCCCCGCGAGCAGGCUGCCAGCUGACUGGAGUCCACGUAGGAAAGAGGGGGAUUGAGGAUUCCUGCCCUUCACCUCCCCCUUGCUCUUCUUCCACCCUUCUGAUGUCUGUCCCUCUUGCUCAGCUGCCUUCUCAAAACAUUCCACCUUCCAGUCCUGGGAGAGCUGGAGCCCAUGCCCACCACACUUGGGGUGUGUGUAAGACAGAACCUUCCAGACCUGGAGACCAUACUCGUGCUCGCCUGGGCCAGUCUGGGCCAGUCUGGCUCCCCUAACGCACCAGAGACCAGAGACUAACCCAAUACCUCUUGGAUUUUAUUUAGCACCAUAAUGUUUUGAGAAUAAAGAGAUCAAGUACUUUC